GAUGGAUCGAUAGCUACCGCGAUGCCCACGGUUGCAAUCGAGGUUUUGGCGCAAGCGAAGCCUCUGUGUUCUUGGAAAUUGUCGAGUUAACGGUAGUGUUUAAUUGACGAGAGCGCGAUUAAACUGGACCGCAGAAUGAAGCUGAGCACGGACGCGCACUCCGAGAUCGAGGGCGACGCUGCCCACGGCAAUGUGCUGUGCAACUCCGCGUCCGAUUCCCUGGCCGCCACCGACGAAGUGGCUGCGGGCAACGACGAGUCGGCGGCCACCGAAGGCGAUGAUGUUGAAAUUCCGAUGGACACCAACAACAGUACUCCGGUUCGACUGCUGGACAAGCCCGGCCAAGACUCCGGCCAGAACGGCGCAGAGCCCGCUAUGGAGGAGUGCGACCUGGAGAGUCAGCAGCAGACGCCAGUCCAAAAAAAGCAACAACAGCGUGUGUCCAUGGUGAACAGGAAACGAGAUCUUAUCAACUUGCAGUCGGCGCUGAGCCCCAAAUAUAUUGGCUAUGCCAAUGCCAACUCACCCACGCCGCUUUCCGAUUCCGAUGACACAAUGCGCACGACGAGGCGACGCGUUAAUCAAGCGGCGGCACUGAACAACAACAGCAGUGCUGGCGAGACCCUGGCCCAUGAUAAUGCGUCACCAAGGACCCCCGGGGGAGGAGGAGGAGGAGGUGGUGGAGACGAUAGCGCUAAUCAGCUGCUCAGCAAGACCUACAUGAGCCCUAUCGAAAAGCUGCUAAUCAAGAACGGCGCCAGUUCGCCCAACAGCACCGGUUUCGAGACGGGCUCCGAGGACCUGGUCAUACGGCCACUCGUUCGCAAGCACGUAAAGCGCAAAAUUAAGAGAGUGUCGAAGGCGAAAGUGCCCCUCGAACUGGAGGAGGAAAACCAGCAAGGGGUUGACGAAAAGUCAGUGAAAACGGAGCCAAUAGAUGAGGAAGUUGACCAGGCAGCAGAAGAAGCCCCAAAUCAGGUGGCUGAAACUACCGCGAUCUCCAUUAAACCAGAGACUGAGGCUGAGCACAAAGCAGCCGUAGAUGUUCAUAUAAAGCAAGAGGAUACUAUCAGCUUAGAUAUAGUUAGGAAUCCAGUAGAGAGCACUUCCAUGGUUAUCACUGAAGAGCCGAAAGAACUGGAAAAAAGUACCUCCUCCACGGAGGUGGAUCUGAAAUCUCCACCCGACUUGAGCUCCACGGCGCUCGCCACAUCCAUCAAAUCCCCCUCCUCUGUGAGCAUCGAUAGCGCCAAAGGCCUGUCCAUAGUCACUGAUCCCGGAUGGCCCAUCUACCAAGCUGGUGAUCUGUUUUGGGGCAAGGUCUUCUCGUACUGCUUCUGGCCCUGCAUGGUGUGUCCGGAUCCGCUUGGCCAGAUUGUGGGCAACAUGCCGAGCCAUACUCAGCGCUCAUCCCUUGACAACGCCAACGUUCCCAUUCAAGUACAUGUGCGCUUCUUCGCCGACAACGGACGCCGCAACUGGAUUAAGCCGGAGAAUCUGCUGACCUUUGUCGGACUGAAGGCUUUCGAAGAUAUGCGCGAGGAAGUGCGAAUCAAGCAUGGACCGAAGAGCGCCAAGUACCGUCAGAUGGUGCCCAAGCGGACAAAGGUUGUCAUCUGGCGACAGGCCAUCGAGGAGGCGCAAGCUAUGACCCAGAUCCCGUACUCCGAUCGCCUCGAAAAAUUCUACCAGACGUACGAGAACGUUGUCACUCCCAAUAGACAAAAACGUAACCGUACCAAGUAUAUGAUGCAGGACACUUCUGACGUGGGCAGCAGCCUGUACGACUCCACGGACAACCUGCACAACAAGCAAGGCACACAGUUGCUGGCCGUGAAGCGAGAACGCUCGGAGUCGCCCUUUAGUCCGGCCUUCUCCCCCAUAAAGAGGAAGAACGAAAAGCGGGCCAAGCGCCGCAAACUGAGCAAUGGCACCGAAGCGGAUACUGGUAGCAACAGCUUGGCGGAAAUUCUUUCACAGACCAUAACAACUGUGGACAGCUCCGUUUCUGAGAAUCCCGAGUUCAGACAGCUCUUUUCUGCCAUCAUGGAAUAUGUAAUGAUGAACCGGUCAGAUGAAAAAGUGGAGAGUCUUCUGGUCUCCGUGGUCAGCAAUAUCUGGGCCCUGAAGCAACUCCAGUUGCGCGAGCUAGAGCGCGACUUGUUAGGCGGGGAAAUUGACGAGCCUUUGGGCUCGUCGGUGGUUGGUCGUGGCAGCGGUGUUGGCACUGUCAAGCGACUCUCGAAUCGCCUUAUGACCUUGAUGGUGCGCCGUAGCAUGACUCCUGUAGUGACACCAAGUACAACGCCCGCGCCAUCGGAGCCAGAUCGUCGCCUUUCCGAGGCGCCGAAGUCCAAGAAGCCCGUCAACCGGCCCAUCGAAGAAGUAAUUGAAGACAUCUUGCAGCUGGACAGCAAGUAUCUCUUCCGUGGGCUUAGCCGCGAUCCCAUAUGCAAAUAUUGUUACCAGGCGGGAUCCGAUCUUGUGCGCUGCUCGCGCACCUGCUCGAGCUGGCUGCAUGCCGACUGCCUGGAACGAAAGGAGACAGGAGCUCCGAUGCCCAAAAUAGGCAGUCGAAAGGCUCUGGUCAUUUCACCCACAUCGAAAUCUCCCAGUCCCGAUGAGGAGCAUGUAACAGCCGACGCCAAGGAGGUUGUUGCCGUUGGUACCUCACUGGUGUGCCAUGAGUGCAAUAUGGGCGAACCGGAAGGCUGUGUCAUUUGCCACCAAGUUGAAUCGCCAGCUGUUCCCAGCACUCCCCGGAAGGAGGAUGCACCAUCGCACACGCCAAUCGAAGAUAAGCUCCUGACAUGCAGCCAGCCUGUGUGUGGCAAGCGGUUUCACACGAGUUGCUGCAAAUAUUGGCCGCAGGCGAGCCGCAGCAAACAUUCGGCGCGUUGCCCACGGCACGUGUGCCACACAUGCGUCUCCAACGAUCCCAGCGGCAAGUUCCAGCAGCUGGGCAGCUCCAAACUGGCCAAGUGCGUUCGCUGCCCGGCCACCUAUCACCAGGACUCGCAUUGCAUUCCAGCCGGCACCCAGAUGCUCAACGCCACCAACAUAAUCUGUCCGCGGCACAACAUCGCCAAGGCCGAUGCCCACGUCAAUGUUCUGUGGUGCUACAUCUGCGUCAAAGGCGGCGAAUUGGUAUGCUGCGAAACGUGCCCCAUUGCUGUGCACGCCCACUGCCGGAAUAUUCCCAUCAAGACCAACGAGAACUACAUCUGCGAGGAGUGCGAGAGCGGUCGUCUGCCGCUCUAUGGCGAGAUAGUGUGGGCGAAGUUCAACAACUUCCGCUGGUGGCCGGCCAUCAUCCUGCCGCCCACUGAGGUGCCCAGCAAUAUACUUAAGAAGGCUCACGGCGAGAAUGACUUUGUGGUGCGAUUCUUUGGCACACACGAUCAUGGCUGGAUUUCAAGACGUCGCGUUUACCUUUACAUCGAGGGGGAUACGGGCGAUGGACAUAAGACCAAGUCGCAGCUGUUUCGCAACUACACCACCGGCGUGGAAGAGGCUUCGCGCUUUCUUACGAUCAUCAAAGCCCGCCGGCAGGAACAGGCCAUGGGACGCCAGAGUGGUAUUAAGCUCCAUCCGCCUCCAUAUGUGAAAAUCAAGACCAACAAGGCGGUGCCACCGUUGCGAUUCUCGCAGAAUCUAGAGGAUUUGAGUACUUGUAACUGCCUGCCGGUGGACGAGCAUCCCUGUGGCCCGGAGGCUGGCUGCCUCAACCGCAUGCUGUUCAAUGAAUGCAAUCCGGAUUACUGCAAGGCUGGCAGUCUUUGCGAGAAUCGAAUGUUUGAGCAACGCAAGUCGCCACGUCUGGAGGUGGUCUACAUGAACGAGCGGGGAUUUGGGCUCGUCAACCGUGAGCCCAUAGCCGCGGGCGACUUUGUCAUCGAGUACGUGGGCGAGGUGAUCAAUCAUGCCGAGUUCCAGCGGCGCAUGGAGCAGAAGCAGCGGGAUCGCGACGAGAACUACUACUUCUUGGGCGUGGAAAAGGACUUCAUAAUCGAUGCGGGACCGAAGGGCAACUUGGCUCGCUUCAUGAACCAUUCGUGCGAGCCCAACUGCGAGACCCAGAAGUGGACCGUCAAUUGCAUCCAUCGUGUGGGCAUAUUUGCAAUCAAAGACAUUCCAGUGAACACGGAGCUCACCUUCAACUACUUGUGGGACGACUUAAUGAACAACAGCAAGAAGGCCUGCUUCUGCGGAGCAAAGCGCUGUUCCGGCGAGAUCGGCGGCAAACUCAAGGAUGAUGCAGUUAAGGCCCAUGCCAAGUUGAAGCAGAUGCGACGGGCAAAAGCUCCCACCGUUCGUAUCCAUGUGAAGCCCAAGAAGACUCCCAAGGUGAAACACAUAAGUGCGGACGAUGAGCCAAUGGAUGCGAAGGACGAGUAAUGGAUGCCAAUUAGAUAGGAAGAACAUUUUUUAACAUUACAUUUUUGUUGUAUUAUGAAGGAAUAUUUUUAACUCUCACCACAUGUAUUUAUUUCCGAAAAGUUAUGACGUAUGUUUUUUAGAGACAAUCUAGUGGAGAUUGCGCUGCGCAGAUGGAUGUUGUGAAAAUAAAGUGAGACGAUUAUUUUGUAAGACGUUCUAUUAUAAAGUUAUGAAGUUUAAUCAAUCAGUUCAGUAUAGUUGAUAUUGUUUUCGUUUGUCCUGCCGCACAGAGGCCGCAUAUAGAAAAGGUUUUUAAAUUAUACAUUAGAAAUUUGUUCAUAUUUCACUGUUUGUCGCUUAGUUACAGUAAAGCUAGCACUUUGGCAUAUAUAAACUCGUAUGACUAUAAAACUAGACAUAGCUAAGUCUAAGAUCUAGGAGUACGCACUUUAAACUUAAGUGGAUAUGCACUAUACAAGGAUAAAACAUGAGUGCCAAAAAUAAAGCGAGCGCCCAUUGUUAAGGCGUUACACUGAA